AUGACAGGUGAACAAAAGCAAAUUUUUGAAAAGAUUAGUAAGGUCGUUCUAAAUAAACAAGGAGGAAUAUUCUUUCUAUAUGGAUAUGGUGGAACUGGAAAAACUUUCAUAUGGAGAACACUGUCAGCAGCAUUUCGAAAAAUUGUACUUAUUGUUGCUUCAAGUGGAAUAACUUCUCUAUUACUACCAGAAGGACGAACAACACAUUCUAAAUUUAAGAUACCAGUACCAACAUUAGAUAAUUCAAUUUGCAAUAUUGAACAAGGAUCUGAAGCUUCGGAGUUGUUAAAGAAAGUUGAACUUAUUAUUUGGGACGAAGCUCCAAUGGCACACAAAUAUUGUUUUGAAGCAUUAGAUAGAACUUUGAAUGACAUAAUGAGUGGUAUGACAAAAGAGAAUACUGUUUUUGGUGGAAAAGUGAUAGUAUUCGGAGGUGACUUUAGGCAAAUCCUUCCUGUUAUACCUGGAGGUAGCAGGUCUGAUAUUGUAAAUUCCACAAUUAAUGCAUCUUAUCUUUGCCUAUAUGUUGGGGAAGAAAAAGAAUAUCUUAGUUCUGAUUCAGUGGAUGAAUCCGCUUCAAGUGAUGCUUAUAGCAAUAUCACCUCUAAGUUCCUAAAUUCACUUAGUAUGUUUGGACUUCCUAACCAUAAGAUCAAACUAAAGAUUGAAGUACCUAUAAUGCUUUUGAGAAACUUGGACCAAGCUACAGGAUUAUGCAAUGAAAGCAGAUUGAUCGUGACCAGACUUGCAAACCAUGUCAUAGGUGCUAAAUUGAUAACAGGUAACAAGGAUGGACAAGAAAUUUAUAUUCCUCGAAUGUCAAUGUCUCCGUCCCAGUUCCCAUGGCCAUUUAAGCUAAUUAGAAAACAAUUUCCCAUCAUGCUCUCAUAUGCAAUGACAAUAAACAAAUCUCAAGGUCAGUCACUAGGUUUUGUCGGAUUGUAUUUGCCGACAUCCGUAUUUAGCCACGGUCAACUCUACGUUGCAGUUUCUAGAGUUCAAAGUAAAUAUGGAUUAAAGAUAUUAAUCCAUGACAAUGACAACAAAAGAUGCAGCAAAACAACAAAUGUUGUUUACAAAGAAAUCUUCCAAAAUGUAUAG